CUGUCUCUUUUCUCUGCAGGAGGAAGACAUCGAGUAUUAUGACUCCAAGGCCGACACUGAAUACGACGAUCCUGACGGAGAAGAGAUCGAGAGGGAGAAGUCCAACUCCUUGAAGCUGGAGUUCACCGAUGACGCCAACUUCAAGACCAAGGUUAACUAUUCAUACGCUGCUGUGCAGAUCCCCACGGACAUCUACAAAGGCUCCACCGUCAUCCUCAAUGAGCUGAACUGGACACAGGCGCUGGAGGAUGUCUUUAUCGAGAACCGGAAGGAGGAUCCCUCGCUGCUCUGGCAGGUGUUUGGCAGUGCCACCGGCGUCACCCGAUACUACCCUGCCACCCCGUGGAGAGCCCCCAAUAAGAUCGACCUCUACGACGUGCGCAGGCGGCCCUGGUAUAUUCAAGGUGCCUCCUCCCCAAAGGACAUGGUCAUCAUCGUGGAUGUGAGCGGCAGCGUGAGUGGCCUUACCCUCAAGCUGAUGAAGACCUCGGUCUAUGAGAUGCUGGACACCCUCUCGGACGAUGAUUAUGUCAAUGUGGCCUCGUUCAACGAGAAGGCAAAGCCGGUGUCGUGCUUCAAGCACCUGGUGCAGGCCAACAUCCGGAACAAGAAGGUCUUCAAGGAGGAUGUGCAGGGGAUGGUGGCCAAGGGCACGACCGACUACAAGGCUGGCUUUGAGUACGCCUUCGACCAGCUGCAGAACUCCAACAUCACACGUGCCAACUGCAACAAGAUGAUCAUGAUGUUCACAGAUGGCGGCGAGGACAGGGUGCAGGAUGUCUUUGAGAAGUACAACUGGCCCAAUAAGACGGUGCGGGUCUUCACCUUCUCCGUCGGGCAGCACAACUACGACGUGACCCCACUGCAGUGGAUGGCCUGCGCCAACAAAGGUUACUACUUCGAAAUCCCCUCCAUCGGUGCCAUCCGCAUCAACACGCAGGAGUACCUGGAUGUGCUGGGCAGACCCAUGGUCCUGGCGGGGAACCGAGCCAAGCAGGUUCAGUGGACCAACGUCUACCAGGAUGCUCUGGGGCUGGGCCUGGUGGUGACAGGCACACUGCCGGUGUUCAACCUGACGGAGGACAACAGUGACAGGAUUGGGCCUGCCACUGCCCUGAACCAGCUCAUCCUGGGCGUGAUGGGGAUCGACGUGGCUCUCAAUGACAUCAAGAGGCUGACACCGCGAUACAACCUGGGGGCAAACGGAUACGUCUUCGCCAUUGACCUGAACGGCUAUGUCCUGCUGCACCCCAACCUGCAGCCCCAGAUCAUCAAUUUCCGUGAGCCAGUGACAUUGGACUUCUUGGAUGCUGAGCUGGAGGAUGAGAACAAGGAGGAGAUCCGGAGAAGUAUGAUUGAUGGGAACGAUGGGCAGAGAUUCAUCAAGACCCUCAUCAAGUCCCUGGAUGAGCAAUACAUCGACGAGGUGUUCAGGACCUACACGUGGGCCCCCAUCAAAAGCACCAACUACAGCCUGGGGCUGGUUCUGCCUCCCUACAGCACCUACUACAUCCAGGCCAACCUCAGUGACCAGAUCCUGCAAGUGAAGUUACCAAACAUCAAAAUGAAGGAUUUUGAAUACCUGCUGCCCAACAGCUUUGAGUCGGAGGGACAUGUGUUCAUUGCUCCCAGAGAGUAUUGCAAAGACCUCGACUUGUCGGAUAACAACACCGAGUUCCUGGAAAACUUUAUUGCCCUCAUGGAAAAGGUGACCCCAGACUCCAAGCAGU